UUGUGUUGCUCAUUCGGCCCAGGCCCUGCCCAUCUCUGGAUUAUGUCUUAUGGAGGUGGUAUGCUGACGGAGUACACAUCGUAGGCUAUGUAUCAAGCAACAUGGAUAGUGGUUAAUAUUUAUAUGCAAAAACUUUUAUUUGAGAAUCGUGAAAUGGAUUUAAUCAUACUUGGUCGAUGAGCAAUUGGAUCACUGUAUUUGCGUGAAAGAAAGCCUUCGCUUUUUUGCUUCAAAAUGGGAGAACGAGGACAAAGGCUCCGAGUGAACUGCUGGUGUGUUGCCGGGAUUUUGUUGCUUUGCUUUGGGAAACGAAUUUGUGCUCAGCUUAGAUACUCUGUUCCAGAAGAAGUACAAGUGGGAUCCCCUGUUGGAAAUGUUGCCAAGGAUUUAGGGCUUGACCUUAGCACUUUGAAAGACAGGCGGUUUCGCAUUGUUUCGGGACCCAACCAUGCACUGUUUCUGUUAAAUCAAAACACUGGAGUGUUGUAUAUUGGAAAGAUUACAGACCGCGAGGAGCUAUGCGAUGGAAUCAAGGUUUGUUUGAUAAACCUGAAAAUUGUUGUAGAAAGCCCACUGGAAAUACAUUACGUUGGUGUUGAAAUAACAGAUGUCAAUGACCAUUCACCGACUUUUCCAGAAAGCGAACAACGACUGGAAAUAGCAGAGCAUACUCCUCCAGGUACUCGUUUCCAAAUUCAUGCAGCUAGAGACCCUGAUGUCGGUACACAGUCAGUCCGGUUAUAUAGGUUGAGCUCAAAUGAGUUUUUUGAUAUAGAAAUCAGAGACAGCGAGGAGGACAAGAUACCGUUUUUAGUAAUUAAAAAGCCUUUAGAUAGGGAGCAAAGGGCAGAACACCGUUUAGUGUUAACGGCUCUUGAUGGAGGCAGUCCGUCGAAAUCUGGGAGCCUUAAUUUAACUAUUACCGUGCUAGAUGCAAAUGAUAAUCGCCCUGUGUUCAGCAAAGACAUAUAUACUGUGUCAUUAAAUGAAAAUGCCCCGAUAGGAACUCUUGUAUUACAAUUAAACGCUUCAGAUUUAGAUGAUGGUUCUAAUAGCGAAAUUGAAUACAUGUUUGGGAAAACCCAAAAGAAAAAAGUGCAUGACACAUUUGAAUUAGAUAGCGUCACUGGUGAAAUUCGAGUGAAAGGAACAGUGGACUUUGAGGACACAGAAAUGUACAGACUAGAUCUGCAGGCUUCAGAUAAAGGCCAACCACCUUGGACGGCCGAAAGUAGAGUUGUGAUAAAAAUAAAGGAUGUGAACGAUAAUCAGCCAAACAUCGAAGUAACAUCAUUGUCCAAUGUAGUCCCCGAGGAUUCAAAGCCUGGCACGGUUAUCUCCCUCAUCAGUGUUACAGACAGAGAUUCUGGGGUUAAUGGCAAAGUUAUUUGUAAAAUCUUAGAUAAUGUUCCGUUUGAUUUGACGCCAUCCAUUGAAGAAAACAUGUACUCUCUUGUCACAAAAGGGCGUUUAGACAGAGAAAUUGUGUCCCAUUAUGACAUCACAAUAACAGCUACCGACUGUGGUGAACCUCCACUUUCCACUGUUAAAACCUUGAGUGUCCAGGUGUCAGAUGUAAAUGACAACAGACCACUUUUCAGUCAGGAUCCAUUUGAACUUUAUUUGGAAGAAAACAAUGCCCCGGGCGCAUCAAUAUUUUCUGUAAGUGCUGCUGAUAAUGAUCUGAAUGAAAAUGCAGCAAUAGCAUACCACAUUGUGAGAGGUGAUGGGCAGCAUCGCGAUGUAACAUCUUUCCUAAAUGUAAAUUCUGAUAACGGACACAUUUCAGCGCUAAAAGGUUUCGACUUUGAAACUCUGAAAACGUUCCAGUUCCAAGUUGUUGCCAGGCCACAGAUUCUGGAACUCCGUCACUAA